AGGUUAUAAAUAACGAAAUGAUUAUGAUAAAUAAAAAAAAUAAUCUUAAAGGUUUUAAGACAAUGUGGAUUCGAUUUAACGAAGAAACUACUGACAAACAUCAAUUAUUUUUUAAAGAACAUUCGAUUAGAAAUCAGGAACCAGAACAUCCUAGAGGAAGGACAUUAUUUAUGUUAAAUAUUCCUCCUUAUGUUACAUCUAAAAAUUUAAAGAAAAUAUUUGGUGAUUUGUGUGGAAUUGUUUCUAAUGUUUAUUUUAUAAUUUCUAAGGGAUUCAAAACAGCAUAUAUAAUUUUUGAAAAUGAAUCCGAUCUAGAGAAAGCAUUAGAAAUUUCUGAUGAUUAUAUAAUAACAUUAAAUGAUGGGAAUAAUUACUGCUUAACAGGAAUAAGAAAAUGGUGUAUUGAAUAUAAUCAUUCUGUAUGCAAUGAAAAAAAAAUGAAAAAGGAAAUUGAAACUUAUAUGCAAAAUUAUGAUAAAAAAAUUGCUGAGAAAAUAAUAAAAGAAAAAAUUAUGGAGGAAGAAGUACAAAAUAAUGAUGGUUGGGUAACUGUAACAGGACGAAAGAAAAGAGGACAAUUUGCACUUUCCAGAAAAGAAUCUACAAUUAAUAAAGUACAACAUAAAGAAGAACAAAAAAAUAAGAAAAAACAGUUACUUAACUUUUAUACUUUCCAAAUUCGUGAGAGUAAAAAACAGAAUUUGGCAGAAUUAAGAAAGAAAUUUGAAUUAGAUAAAAAAAGAUUACAAGAUUUAAAAUUAAAGAGAACAUUUAAACCAUUUUAA